CGUGGGAAUGAAUCAGAUCAAGCAACUCCACGCGCACUGUCUCAGAAGAGGCGUAGACGAAACCAAAGAUCUCUUACAACGAUUGCUUCUGAUUCAAAACAUUGUUUAUGCCCGAAAGCUCUUCGAUCUUCAUCGAAACCCGUGUAUCUUCCUCUACAACAAACUAAUUCAAGCUUACUCUGUUCAUCACCAUCCUCAUGAAUCCAUCGUCCUCUAUAACCUCCUCUCCUUCGAUGGUCUCCGUCCAAAUCACCACACUUUCAAUUUCAUCUUCGCAGCUUCUGCUUCGUUUUCGUCGGCUCGACCUUUACGGUUGCUUCAUUCGCAGUUUUUCAAAUCCGGGUUUGAGUCCGACUCGUUCUGCUGCACUGCUCUAAUCACUGCCUAUGCGAAGCUAGGAGAAUUGUGUUGUGCGCGCAGGGUGUUCGACGAAAUGUCUAACCGAGAUGCACCCGUGUGGAAUACAAUGAUCACGGGUUACCAAAGACAAGGUGAUAUGAAGGCGGCGAUGGAGUUGUUUGAUUCCAUGCCUUGUAAGAACGUUAUCUCGUGGACCACCGUCAUUUCUGGGUUUUCUCAGAACGGGAACUACUCUGAAGCUUUAACCAUGUUUUUGUGUAUGGAGAAAGACAAAUCCGUGAAACCAAACCAUGUUACUUUGGUUAGUGUUCUCCCCGCUUGUGCGAAUCUAGGGGAAUUGGAGAUUGGCAGAAGACUAGAAAGCUAUGCUAGAGAGAACGGGUUCUUUGAUAACAUUUACGUGUGUAAUGCUACACUAGAGAUGUACUCAAAAUGUGGAAUGAUUGAUUUAGCGAAACAGUUAUUCCAUGAAAUUGGGAACCAGAGAAAUUUGUGCUCCUGGAACUCCAUGAUCGGUAGUCUAGCUACUCACGGGAAACACCACGAAGCUCUUGAGCUUUAUGCCCAAAUGUUGCGAGAAGGAGAAAAACCUGACGCAGUGACAUUUGUUGGGUUGCUGCUAGCUUGUGUUCAUGGUGGAAUGGUGGUGAAGGGCCACGAAUUGUUCAAGUCCAUGGAGGAAGUUCACAAGAUUUCGCCAAAACUGGAGCACUACGGAUGCAUGAUCGAUCUCUUGGGGCGUGUUGGAAAGCUGCAAGAAGCCUAUGAUCUCAUCGAAACAAUGCCAAUGAAACCAGAUGCUGUGGUAUGGGGAACCCUUUUAGGUGCUUGUAGUUUCCAUGGACAUGUUGAGAUAGCAGAGAUAGCAAGUGAGGCACUGUUCAAGCUAGAACCUACAAAUCCAGGUAACUAUGUGAUCAUGUCAAAUAUCUACGCUGUCAAUGAGAAGUGGGAUGGAGUUUUGAGGAUGCGGAAGUUGAUGAAGAAGGAAACGAUGACAAAGGCUGCUGGAUAUAGCUAUUUUGUGGAAGUAGGGGUUGAAGUUCAUAGAUUUACUGUGGAAGAUAAAUCACACCCAAGAUCAUAUGAGAUUUAUCAGGUUCUUGACGAAAUUUCCAGGAGAAUGAAACCGGAGAAGAGUGGCUUUGAUUCAAUGCGUCAGCUUGAACAACUAUGCAUAUGAAAGCAGAUGUUUUAAUUUGUUCACUUUUCCAGUAACAUUGACUGAAUCUAUUGUGAUCUUUUGGUGACUUCACAUUCCUAUAUUCAAUCAAAUGAGAUUCAGCAA